CUUUAAGCGGGAACUAUACAAGGCAACAAGGCGAGGAAAUAGCCGAGAAAUGAAGGGAAGAAAAGGGUUGCGGCUUCAAAAAGGUAAGACCUUUUUAUUUUGGAAAAAGCUAGUUAGAUUCUUGGUGGGUUUCUUUCAAUAGUGUUUGGUGACCAAAACGAGGGUUUCUCAAAGAUAAAAGAAACCCUCUUUUGUCGUGAAACCUAUGGAGUCUCAACUCAAAUUUUAGCUUAUUCAUUAUUAUAGAGAAAAAGAAGUGAAACCAUCUUCAAAGAUGGAUUCAGGGGAAAAAAAAGAGAAGGAAAAAUGGGGUCUUGAUUUAAAUUUAUCUACACAGGAGGAGUUUUCAACUGGUUUAGGGUUUCAAGAUUUUUUAGGGGAAGAGAAAGAAGCUGAAAAUGACCAACUGGGUCAUGAUUUUGGUAGAGAUAGCGAUUUUAGGAUAAGGGAAAGAGACUCCGUUGUUGAAACGGAUGAUUUUACUAGUAGUAAGAGAUUGAGGUACACAACUGAAGAGAAGGGGAAGGCUAAAGUUGACUGUGAAGUGAAUCUUGAUUUUGAUCUUAAUCUUGAUUUGUGGGGAUUUGAGAAAGACCCAGUUGAAGGGAAAAUGGAUACAUGGCCAUUUGAAGCAGGGUUAUUGAGUUCAGGGCCUGUGAUGCACAAUUUCUUUCCUGAUAGUGUAGAGAGAAAUACCCAGGUGGAGAAUUAUGAUGUUCCAAGAAAGGACAUCGUUUUUGAACAAAGAAAGGAGAUAGCUUUGUCAAGUGUAAGGAAGAGACAAUCAAGAAGAAAGGAACAGAAGUUGAUGCAGCGUGAAAUUGCUAGGAAUGUUGCUCCACGAUUUGCACAUUUAGGUCCUCAAGAGCAGCAGAUGAAGCAGCAUAAAGAAAAGAAAGUUAAAUUGAGAGAAGUUGAUUUGGAAAUGGAACUGGACUUGGAUGAUUCUCAAAGUCCAUUUUCAUUGGCACUGGAAGCAAUCAAAAUGCGGCAAACUGUUCGAAAAGGGUCAUUAACUGGUUUCUCUGAGUCGCUCUUCAAAUGGGUUCCUGCAAAAGCUAAAGAUUGCGAUGCUCUGAAACGCGAUGUUCCUACACUUCUGGACCUCAGUUUGAAUGCUCUUGCAAAAAACGCUGAUGCUAUUGUGUCACUUGAACAUGUUCCAGAUAAAUUACGGCAUAGACUUAGUCAGUUGGUUAGUGAUUGUGGAGUAGUGGAUGCUCACUUUGUUGAACUUCUUGCAAGGGGCUCUCCAACCGAAAUUCGUCUGAGGAAUAUUUCGCGGUUGACAGAAGAGGAGUUUUCCAAAAUAUUUAGUGUUUGUGACACCAAGGACUUGACUGUGCUACAACUUGACCUUUGUGGACGAUGCAUGCCUGAUUAUAUAUUAAAUGGCACCUUAGCCAGGUCAUCACAUAGACUUCCUUCCUUAGCUACCAUAUCUUUGAAGGGUGCACAUCGUUUGUCAGAUAUUGGACUAACUCAGUUGGCUGUGUCUGCACCUGCAUUACAGUCUAUAAAUCUGAGCCAGUGCUCCCUUCUCACAUCUCAAGGCAUCAGUGAUUUCGUUAGCUGUUUUGAAUCUACUUUGAGGGAGCUGUAUAUAGAUGAUUGUCAGAAUAUAGAUGCGACAAUUAUUUUACCUGCACUGAAGAAACUCAAGUGCCUAGAAGUGUUGUCAGUAGCAGGCAUCGAGACUGUUUGUGACAAUUUUGUCAUUGGACUGGUCAAAGCACUUGGCAUAAACAUGAAAGAGCUUGGUUUCGCUAAUUGCGUGCAACUGACUGAUAUAUCACUUCGAAUUGUAGGCAAAAAUUGUCCCAACUUAUGUGCUCUGGAUCUUUCUUACUUGCAUAACUUGACAGACUCUGCAUUAAAACACCUAGCCAAUGGUUGCCAAUCAAUUAGGAGACUCAAACUUCACCGAAAUGAUUUCAGUGAUGAAGCUAUUUCUGCCUUCUUGGAAGUCUCUGGACAGUCUCUGGAUGCACUUUCAGUUAACAAUAUCCAUAGGGUGAGACAUCAUUAUGCCUUACCAGAUUUCUCAUGUGGCAUUUGUAAUUUGUCUUUUCUCCCAGAAGCAUGGAUAAGUUGUCUUGCAAUGGUUGCUCACAACACUGCCUUAUCAAUUGCCAAAUGUUCAAGAAAUUUGGUGAGUUUGGACUUAUCAUGGUGCCGCAGAUUAACAGAUGAGGCACUAGGAAUGAUUGUUGAUAGCUGCUUAUCACUGAAGCUGCUCAAGCUAUUUGGAUGCACGCAGAUUACAGAAGCAUUUCUAAAUGGCCACUCAAACCCCAUGGUGCGAAUCAUUGGAUGUAAAACUGGACCAGUGUUGGAGCAUCUUGAUGCGCUUGAACCUCAAGAAAAUCCUUUGCGAUAUUCUCCACUGACAAGCUUUUGCUGAUCAACAACAUAUUAUAUACCACCUGGAUGCUUGACUUUUCUACUUGCAUCCCUGCUGUACAUCAAAAACCACCCUGUUUCUUCUUCAGUAACCAGCUUUUUCUUGGCCCAUGGAACACUGAAAACCAAAGCAUUUAUCACACCUUGAUUGUCAACUAAAAAAUUCCCCGAGUGUAUUUAACACCGGACCUCACUUGGGCUUCCCCUUAUUUAUGUCUUUUUAUUUGUUGAUACUGAUGCAAGAUGGCAUGUUGCAUCAGAAAAUUGUAUAGACAGAAGGAAAAUUGAAUAGUUGAUAUAAUAUGAUUAAAAAGAAUAAUAUACUGCUUGAAUGAGUAAAA